AUGAAAAUUUGGACGGCUCAACACAUAUUUAACCACUCAUGGGAGACGGUGGUACAAGCAUCUUUUUUCAAGUACCCGAAUCCAAUGAACACAGCGGUUAAAAGCAUUGAUGUUAUUGAUCGACAAGUAAUAAAUGGAGAACUGCAUUCAUAUCGGUUAAUUAAUACUAGAUGGACGUUACCAAAUUGGGCAAGUGCAUUAAUAGGGCCAAUGAGCACAUUUUAUGCCGUUGAAUAUUCUAAAGUAAGUCGAGAUCAACGGAAGUUAAGGUUGGAUAGUCAUAACUUAUCAUUGAGAAAAUUCGUCGAAAUUCGAGAAAAGCUCACAUAUGAGGCAUAUCCGGAAGAUCCGCAAAAAACAUUACUCAAGCAAACUACUUAUGUAACUGUAAAAGGAUUGCCAUUUAAUGGUUGUAUAGAAAACAUACUUACCAGUAAAAUUUCAGAAAAUGCAGCCAAAGGACGACAAGCUAUAGAAUGGGUUAUUGAAAAUUUGUAA